GCCCCGUGGAGCUGGCGCUCGCUCAUUCAGUUUUCUAGAGAGAUCUGAGCCGGAACCCGGGAGCCGGGAGAUCUUUCUCGCCCACCCGUCUCAGCAGCAAGGACAUCUACAGGGGGAAAAACCCACCCCACGCAGCCCCCCGCCGCCCCACGGCAGCUGCCGGCGCUGUGCAGGGAUGAUUUAUUGCAAGUGGCUGUGAAAAGACAUUAGGAGAGCAAAUAGUCCUUUGGGAACAAAGAGUCACAAGAUAGAAAAACAGCUGUUGAGACUAUAACAAACAGUCUAGUCUGCCAACAUGCAGCAACAAUAUUCAAGUAGGGGAUGGAAUAAACAACACUUUCCUUUGGAUGGAUUAUACUACAUGUGAACUGCCUGUUACUCUUCUGCAAGAAUAAGAAAAACCCUUUGCUUUUGUUUGUUAAAUAUCAGCUUGAUAGGAAAAAGCAUCUGAAUGGCUUACACUCACAGCAGACCAUCAGUUGAAUGGGAUCAGCACCUCUACUAAAGCAUCUGAAUCUAAGGAUUUGGAAAAGAGGUUUUUGCAGAGAUGACCCAUUUACAAGCUGGACUUAGUCCAGAGACUAUAGAGAAAGCCCGCCUGGAACUGAAUGAAAACCCAGACAUUUUGCAUCAGGAUAUCCAGCAAGUCAGGGACAUGAUUAUCACGAGGCCUGACAUUGGGUUUUUACGUACAGAUGAUGCCUUCAUCUUGAGAUUUCUCAGAGCCAGAAAGUUUCACCAAACUGAGGCCUUCAGGCUGCUGGCUCAGUACUUCCAGUACCGCCAAUUAAACCUGGAUAUGUUCAAAAACUUCAAGGCCGACGAUCCAGGAAUCAAACGGGCUCUGACAGAUGGGUUCCCAGGAGUACUGGAAAAUCGUGACCACUGUGGCAGGAAGAUUCUUCUGCUUUUUGCAGCCAACUGGGAUCAGAGUAGGAACUCCUUCAUAGAUAUCCUUCGGGCUAUUCUACUUUCCUUAGAAGUGCUCAUCGAAGAUCAGGAGCUUCAGAUAAAUGGCUUCAUUCUAAUUAUAGACUGGAGCAACUUCUCUUUCAAGCAAGCCUCCAAGCUUACACCAUCUAUCCUCAAACUGGCCAUUGAAGGGUUACAGGACAGCUUUCCUGCACGUUUUGGAGGAGUCCAUUUUGUCAAUCAGCCCUGGUACAUCCAUGCCCUGUACACGCUAAUCAAACCGUUUCUCAAAGACAAGACAAGGAAAAGGAUCUUUCUUCAUGGUAACAACCUGAACAGCCUUCACCAGCUAAUACACCCUGAAUGCCUGCCCUCUGAAUUCGGGGGGACUCUUCCUCCCUACGACAUGGGCACAUGGGCUCGAACGUUACUUGGUCCCGACUACAGCGACGAAAACGAGUACACCCACACCUCCUACAACGCCAUGCACGUGAAGCACGCGUCCUCCAACCUGGAGCGGGAAGCUUCACCCAAACCCAUGAAAAGGUCCCAGUCUGUGGUGGAAGCCGGCACACUGAAACACGAAGACCCAGGGGAAAGCGAGAACACCCAACCACUGCUGGCUCUGGACUAAGCUCCCACAUGCCCAACAGACACAGAUCCAUGAAAAGACUUCCAGCGUACCAGAAACCUACAGAGCACACCACACACAGAUACAUGCACAUACACGUGUUUUGCUUGAUGGCAAGUCCUUCAUGUUUCCUGACCAAGUAACAACUAUCACCAGCCAUCCGUCUAUGUGGCCAAUGCCAAACAAAAACUGAGAAAUUUCUAUUGACACAGGAAUCUGUCCAUAUACAAAGAAUUUCUUUUUUUUUUUUUGAGUUAUGACAUUAAAAUAUUGGAAAUGGUGGAACUGCAUUCUCUGUUUAAAGAAACCAGGGUAUGUCAGUAGUGUUCCUGAAAACUUCAUCAGGGAUGCUCAUUUUAUAGAAGCUAAGGGGUUGAGUUUUAAAGAAAAGUAUCUCAAAUUUAAACUGCACUGUAAUCAGUAAGUGUAAUCUGGGUCAAAGGGUAGAAUCAUCAUUUACACAGUACUUGAGUUUUACAGAAGGAUUUUGCAUUUAAAAAAAAGAAAAAA